AUGAAGUUCUCUAGAAAACGAACGUGGUCUAAGACGGAGCUUACCUCUAGCAGUAAUGUGCUGCCUCCACUGCAACCUCCGCGGCGUGUCGAGACCGGAACCAGCCCGUCGAACAACCCUUACGGCGGAAAUGUCACUGCCGUCUAUCAACCGCCGGAGAACAACAUGGCCUUUGAUACUCCCCCAGGUCCCCCAGACGUCCCAUGA